UUGAUCGUGUAAGGAACAAGAAUUUUACACAGACGAUGUUAGUUUAGCUAGUUGUUGAACAACCAUGCGUCUCCUAGGAGUAUUUGCGGUGUGCUGUGCAGGAAUUGCGAAGGGAGCUGAUGUACCUACCGUUGUGGGAGGCAAAGCAGCUCCAGAUCAUAAAUAUCCAUAUCAAGUGUCUGUCCGAGCUGGGAAUCCCCUUCAGCACUUGUGCAGUGGCUCAAUUAUUCAUGAAAAGUGGGUACUAACUGCUGCUCACUGUGUUGACAAGUGA